UUACGAGACCGUAAAUCAAGCGGCAGCUCCCAGAGCAGCAGUGCAGUGGAGAAGAAGACAGGGGACUCUGCCCCAGCUGCGGCUAACAACCAAGGCAAAUCCAAAGACUGCAACGGGCGAGUCAUACCCAGGGUCAUGCUGGAGCGCUUGGCGACGGUUGAGGAACCAAGUCCUGUGGAUGAGCAAGGCAAGUCCGAUCCUGAUUACGUGCUAGCAGGCAGCCAAGACGGGCCUGGUCUCCAGCAGAGAGCAGAGAGCGCAGUCAGCAUGAUCUCUAACACCAUGGAAGAGCUAGAGGAAGCUCACCAGAAAUGUCCGCCCUGGUGGUAUAAAUUCGCCCAUACAUUCCUGGUCUGGGACUGCUGCCCUCUCUGGCUGAAGCUGAAGGCGUUUGUACGGCUGAUCGUGAUGGACCCGUUUGUCGACCUGGGGAUCACAAUCUGCAUUGUUCUCAACACGCUGUUCAUGGCCAUGGAGCACUACCCGAUGACCGAAGAGUUUGAGAACGUGCUAACUGUGGGGAACCUGGUCUUCACUGGGAUCUUCACUGCGGAGAUGGUGCUAAAGCUCAUAGCCCUGGAUCCCUACGACUACUUCCAGCAGGGGUGGAACAUAUUUGACAGCAUCAUUGUCACCCUGAGCUUGGUGGAGCUGGGCCUGGCCAAUGUGCAGGGGCUCUCUGUGCUCCGAUCCUUCCGCCUGUUGAGAGUUUUCAAGCUUGCCAAGUCCUGGCCGACCCUCAGCAUGCUCAUAAAGAUCAUCGGCAACUCCGUGGGGGCUCUAGGAAACCUCACCCUGGUACUGGCCAUCAUCGUCUUCAUCUUUGCCGUGGUGGGCAUGCAGCUGUUUGGGAAGAGCUAUAAGGAGUGCGUGUGCAAGAUCUCUCUGGACUGCACGCUGCCCCGCUGGCACAUGCACGACUUCUUCCACGCCUUCCUCAUCAUCUUCCGCAUCCUGUGCGGGGAGUGGAUCGAGACCAUGUGGGACUGUAUGCAGGUGGCUGGCCAGCCCAUGUGCCUCAUUGUCUUCUUGAUGGUCAUGGUCAUCGGGAACCUCGUGGUCCUGAACCUUUUCUUAGCUUUGCUGCUGAGCUCCUUCAGCGCCGAUAGCCUUGCGGCUUCUGAUGAUGAUGGCGAGAUGAACAAUUUGCAGAUUGCUAUUGGCAGGAUCACCAGGGCGAUUGACUUUGUAAAGAGAACUGUCCUCAUGCUACUUCACCUGCGGUGGAAGGAGAAGAGAGAGCCAGCCGAGGAACAAGAGGAUAAUAAGAAAGACAACUAUGUGCUAAACCACAUGGAUUCAGGCCAGGAUUCCAAGUCGGAGUAUAUGGAUGGAGUAGCUGGGAAAGAGCAGUUGUUUGUGGAUGAGCUGGACCACAUGAAUUUCAUUAACAACCCCAACCUGACUGUCCAAGUGCCAAUUGCCUCUGAGGAGUCCGACCUCUAUGAUGAAGAAACGAGCACUCAGUCAGACACAGAAGACACCAAGAAGCCGCUGUCCGGCGGCAGCACGUCAUCCAUGUGCAGCACUGUGGAUUACAAGGCGCCAGAGGUGGAGGCGGAGGAGGCUGCAGACGAGGCUGCCGAUGGCCAGGGGCCUGAGGAGUGCUUCACCGAGGUUUCUCCCAAGGUUUCCAUUAUCAGCUUGACAGCAAACUGGCUGGGCUAUUCCGAACUGGGUGCCAUCAAAUCGCUGAGGACUCUGAGGGCUUUGCGACCACUGCGGGCUCUGUCAAGAUUCGAAGGCAUGAGGGUGGUGGUGAACGCCCUGCUGGGUGCCAUCCCCUCCAUUAUGAACGUUCUGCUGGUCUGCUUGAUCUUCUGGCUGAUAUUCAGCAUCAUGGGGGUGAACCUGUUUGCGGGGAAGUACUACCGGUGCAUCAACACCACUACAGACGAGCUCUUUGACAUCAGCGAGGUGAACAACAAAAGCGACUGCCUGGCGCUGCUCCACACCAACCAGGUGCGCUGGGUCAACGUCAAGGUCAACUUCGACAACGUGGGCUUGGGCUACCUGUCCCUGCUGCAGGUGGCCACCUUCAAAGGCUGGAUGGACAUCAUGUAUGCGGCCGUGGACUCCCGCGAGAUCGAAGAACAGCCGCUGUAUGAGACCAACCUCUACAUGUACAUCUACUUCGUCAUCUUCAUCAUCUUCGGCGCCUUCUUCACCCUCAACCUCUUCAUCGGCGUCAUUAUCGACAACUUCAACCAGCAAAAGAAAAAGUUUGGAGGGAAGGACAUCUUCAUGACGGAGGAGCAGAAGAAAUACUACAACGCCAUGAAAAAGCUUGGAUCAAAGAAGCCCCAGAAGCCAAUCCCCAGGCCCCACAACAAAUGUCAGGGGCUGGUGUUUGACUUUGUGACAAAGCAAGCUUUUGACAUCAUCAUCAUGGUCCUGAUUUGUCUUAACAUGGUGACCAUGAUGGUUGAAACAGACGACCAAAGCCCAACCAAAAUCAACGUCCUCUACAACAUCAACAUGAUUUUCAUCGUCAUCUUCACGGGCGAGUGCUUGCUCAAAAUGUUCGCCUUGCGCUAUUACUACUUCACCAUUGGCUGGAACAUCUUCGACUUUGUGGUGGUCAUCCUCUCCAUUGGAGGUAUCGUCCUUUCCGACAUCAUAGAGAAGUACUUUGUGUCCCCCACCCUCUUCAGGGUGAUCAGGUUGGCAAGAAUUGGGCGUGUUCUGCGGCUGAUCCGAGGAGCAAAAGGAAUCCGGACUCUCUUGUUUGCUUUAAUGAUGUCUCUCCCUGCUUUGUUCAACAUCGGCCUCCUGCUGUUCUUGGUGAUGUUCAUCUACUCCAUCUUCGGGAUGUCCAACUUUGCCUACGUCAAGAAGGAGUCUGGGAUCGACGACAUCUUCAAUUUCGAGACGUUUGGAAACAGCAUCAUCUGUUUGUUUCAGAUCACGACGUCUGCCGGGUGGGAUGGUCUCCUCAACCCUAUCCUGAACAGUGGCCCACCGGACUGCGACCCUAACUUGGAGAAUCCUGGAAGUUCAGUAAAAGGAGACUGUGGCAACCCGUCUAUUGGCAUCUGCUUUUUCUGCACCUACAUCAUCAUCUCCUUUCUGAUCGUUGUGAACAUGUACAUCGCCAUCAUCCUGGAGAACUUCAAUGUGGCUACAGAGGAGAGCAGUGAACCGCUCUGUGAAGAUGACUUUGAAAUGUUCUAUGAAACGUGGGAGAAGUUUGAUCCAGAUGCCACCCAGUUUAUCACGUACAGCAUGCUGUCGGAUUUUGUAGACACCCUGCAAGAGCCACUCAAGAUUGCCAAACCAAACAAGAUUAAAUUAAUCACCAUGGAUUUACCGAUGGUUGUCGGAGAUAAAAUCCACUGUCUGGAUAUUCUCUUUGCGCUGACUAAAGAAGUGCUGGGUGACUCAGGGGAAAUGGACGGCUUGAAAGCCACAAUGGAGGAGAAAUUCAUGGCUGCCAACCCAUCCAAGGUUUCCUAUGAACCCAUCACUACGACUUUGAAAAGGAAGCACGAAGAAGUCUGUGCCAUAAAAAUCCAAAGAGCCUUCCGAAGGUAUUUACUAAAGCGGUCGAUGAAACAGGCGUCUUAUCUGUACAGGCAUAGUCAAGAGGAGGGCGUCUUUGCAGAGGGAGCACCGGAAAAAGAAGGACUAAUUGUAGACAAAAUGAACGAGAUUUAUGGGAACGGUGAUACACACCUGGAAAUGGCCCCAGGCCUGGCUCUUGCAGCACCAGUUGCAAGCCCAGAGACUCGAGCUGCUCCUAGUGAGGCGAAAAAACGGGAUGGGGAGCGAGAGGUGAAAGAGUCAUUAGUAUAACAGAAAGCACUUUUCAUCUUCCUAUCCUGCAAAGACUCCAUUUGUAUCUCUUCUGCAAGAACGCUCCCAUAUCCCUCUCUGUAGACAGCUAACGCCAUAGUACCGUAUUUCAGACCCAUCUCAACUUUUUAACCAGAACCUCAUAUUCAUCACAGGUUUUAUAAUUCACCGCGACUUGCGGCAUUGAGUAUUUUUCUUCUGAGGUAAAUGUGAAAUCUCUCUAUUGCUGGUGAAAGAGAAGCACUGUAAGUUUUAAAACGAUAUAACCAUGGUAGCGAUGUGUUUCAGAAGUUAACGACUGGGUAUGGCUCUCCUUUUAUUUUCAAAAUUAUUUCUUAAUAUUAUUUCACACUUGAGGUAUUUGCCCCAUUAUUGUUCCUGAAGUGCAAUGAAUUAGAGGAGAGAGACGAGCCAAGUGAAAUAAUAUUAAAAAUAAUUGCAGAAAUGACAAGGUUUUGUGAACAAAAAUCUCCAAUGUCUUAAAAGUAGCACCUUUCUUUUGAAUAGGCGUUAUGGAUUUUUGUUAUAUACAGUAAAAGUGCAAUUAUGUCUUAAAGAUUUGUUUGCAUAGUAAAAAAAAUCUGCAGCUAUAUUCUCAGGGUUAAAUGCCAGCUUUUAAAGUUUUUCAGAACACUCAUCUACACCAGAAAGCAUUCAGCUCUGAACAGUAGGAACGUCAACUAGUUAUUUCCAUGCUGCUUUUCUGGGUUCCCAUUUAGUCUAGGAACUAGAUUAUGUGAAAGGAAAAUAGCUACCAAAAUAUGGUGUAUGGGGACUAGUUCCCAAAUAUUCCCACUUCUCUCUACAGAAAUACCUCUAGUCCAGCUUCACCAAAUCUUAACUAAUGCACAUCUCCUGGCGCAGGAAAUCUUUGUUCCCAUCAGGUCACGGGCUGCCAUGUGGAGCCAGAUCAGGUGAUAAAACAGUUUGGUUGCACUGGAAUAUUUAUAAUGAAUUGCUUGAUCAGGUACAUUUACAGAAUUGCUAUCUACUCGUGGAAAACCCUGUGCUUUCUUGGUGAUUAAUACUUUCCUCCCACCUUAUGAAUUAACAGUCCUCCGGGAGGACAGUACAUAUCAGGGCAAAACAUCUGUGCAAAGCCUAAAAUAGUAAAGCAAAAAGUCACCUUAGAAAUACUGUUUCCCUUUUCUAAAUCUUAUUGCCAACUCCUCCUCCCAUACACAGUGACCUCUGACUGGGCGGGGAGACUUUUCUAUCACGUCUCUUUAGUGUGGAGUUGGACUUUCUGCUGUGGAAACAGAUGGGGUAGAGUUUCAAAACAGGCCUUCCUAACUGAUUAGUUUUGACUCCGAAGCCUUUGUCUUGAUCGGUCUGUGGAUUUGCUCAGAGCCGCACCGUCCGGUGUCGAGCUGUGAACUAGAGCAGCAGUCACGCUGUGUAACGUAAGCUGUAACCAGCUCAGCUUUGGCUAAUGGAAUCACGCUCUUCUGUUCGCUCUGUUCAGAUGACGUGUCAGAGGUGCCAAAGGGUCACUGAGCAUCACCAGUGGCCAUCACGAAGGGUCUCGGGUCUAGCCAGCCCUGGGCAGCUGGGCCCCUCUCUAGAGAUUUGUUUUCCAGACUCCUGUGGAAGUGGGGGCCUGAUCUUGCAGCCCCAGCUCAGGCCAAGCUCCUAGCGACUCCCUGGCAGGCAGUGAGCAUGGGGGCAGCAUGGCACACUCAGCACAGGUCUCGCUGCAUUCCCCUGCUCCCACAAAACACGCCCCAGCCCGUGCUUAGCUUUAAGCCUGGGAGUCGCUCAGUGGGUUUCAAUGGGACCGCUCGCGGGCUCCAGGUUACGCACGCGUUGGGCUGGAGCUGUAUCGCUUGAACUUGCCCUUACUGAAGCCAAUGGCAAAAGCUUCCAUUGGUGCAGGCUCAAGCCAUGACUCCUGCUCUUCCCUCCCCGCUGGCGUGGGCGCGCACAGCCUGAGAGCAAAGGGAAUGGUGCUGCUGCAGAGGGUGGACGGCGGUGGAGAGCCAGCCCCUCCGGAGCACCAGGGUGGGUGGAUUGGGGGAGG